ACAUGCAACAACUGCUUUAUCAACAAAAAAAUAAGGUUUUUUUUAAAUCUUAAUCUAAGGUAUGCAGCGCAAAUACCUUACAAGGCGGUGACGCGAUUCCGGUCCCUUCCACUUCUUCAAGGUCUCCUUUUCAACAUUGCGUCUCAAGCCCAAUCUUCAUCUAAUCCUCCAUCCUCCCUCUCAAGCAUCCUCUUGUUCCACUUGCUCCAACUUAUCCAUAAUUAGCUCUCGUCGGUUGUAUUGCAAUCCAAUGCCCCUGGAGGCAACUGGUGGAUUCGGCGUCAAAGCUUCAAAAGGUGUCCGCUCUCGUUGGCUUCUUUGAACCACGAUGGACGUCGUUCACGGGCCUCCAGCGACUCCCAUUGACUCGGUCGUCAGAGAGGUAGGUAGAAGGGACACGCAGCGUCGUCCACCAUGAUUAUGGACCAGGUAGGAGGACUCUGAAUUGCGAGACAGGACCAGGACCAAUCUCGGUGAGUGCGUGAGAAGUAGAUACGGCGUACGUACAUGGAUUGUGGAGGGCAGGCUGUUCACUUGAAUGGGCCAGGUGAAAUGUGACUGUGGAAGGCGAAGGUUGAUGGUGGUUAGUGUGCUGAGCUGAUGGAUGGUGAUCAUACAAUCAUCAUGAUAUUGGCUGAAUAUUUACUAUUUCAUGACUUGAAUGGUGUGACUCUUUGAUUGGUGCCGAGUUCCUUGGAUGGGUCAAGUUCUCAUCAAAUUCGAGUGGGACUAUGAUCCAUGAUGAAGAUGAAUUACGAGAAAAACAGUUGUGAUUGAUCCUCUUGUGUCCAUGACAAAUAAAGUCGAAUUCAAGAUGAAGCGUGAACGUAUAAAGUGCAACUUGUACGGAGUAGCUCUCCGCUUGUUCAAUGUCAUUACUCCUACCGUAUUCAUGGUGCUACUUCUCUCACAAACUCUACAGUCCGCACAAGGCGCGGAUUUAGUGAUUCGAAUUCCCGGGGAUCUCUCCGAACAAGACGGUUAUUAUCGCUUGUACUACAAACCCGAAGUAGGCUUCCCCGAGGCCAAUACCACAUUCAAGCCUCAAUCCAUCUCGGAUGUGAUCAAAUUCAGUCGGGGACUGCCGGGGACCAAGUACGACUUCUGGUUGUAUUACUCCAAUUCCACCGUGAAAGAUUUCCUCACUUGGACCGCCUCCAUCACAACGGCUCCGGAUCCACCCUCGAAUCUGUCGAUUGAGAUCAAAUCCGGGAAAGUCGCCUCCAUCGAAUGGAAUCCGCCCUCAGUGGGUGGCUAUUCUGGAUUCAAACUCAAAGUGAUCCCGUUGUCCGAGUCGCAAAAGAGCAUUCGGAACAUUGUGAUCCGUGAGGAUUCGUCUCCAUUCCAAUUACGAGAUCUGACCCCGGGUGCCACCUAUGAGAUCCAAUUGUUCACUGUGUACGAGAACAAGGAGAGUGCUGCCUACAUUUCGACCAAUUUCACCACCAAACCCAAUACUCCGGGACGAUUCAUCGUUUGGUUCAGGAACGAGACCACUCUAUUGGUUUUAUGGCAACCGCCAUAUCCUGCUGGAGUUUACACUGAUUACAAGGUCUCCAUUGAUCCACCCAAUGCCGAAGUAAGCGAAACAUACGUCCCCAAAGAUGGCGAUCCACCCGGACCUGCUCAAGCGGCCUUCAACGGACUUAUCCCCGGGCGUGCCUACAACAUAUCCGUGGAGACCGUAUCCGAAAGCCAGAUCUCGGACCCGACCACGGCUCAAUACCGAACCGUACCUUGGCGACCCUACAACGUGUCUUUCGAUCAAGAGAACAUAGGUCCAGAUUAUUUUGAAGUGAAAUGGUCGGGACCACGGGAAAUUACGGAAUUCGAUCGAUAUCAAGUUGCCAUCGGGAUUCGACGAAAGACCCCGCAAAUCAUUGAACGGGGUGCUCCUUUAAGGGCCCGAUUCACGGAAAACCUCCAACCCGGAUUGACUUAUCAAGUGGUGGUGAAGACCGUUUCCGGGAGUGUGGCCUCAUGGCCAGCCACUGGAAACGUCACCACGCGACCUUUGCCGGUCUUGGACAAUAUCCAGACUCAUAUGGAUGAUGAGAGUAAAGAAGUCACAAUCAUUUGGGAACCUAAUCCUGAGAGCACUCAAGAUCAAUACAAGGUGACAUAUCACGACUUGGAGACGUUUAAUGGGGAUAGCUCGCAUAUUUACGUGCCAGAGCCGUUUUUUUCCUUGUCGAAUCUUCAACCUGGACGGAACUAUUCCAUUGCCAUCCAAGCAGUCUCCAAGGGGAUCGAAUCGGUGGAAAGAUCCCUUUUCCAACCAACACGACCCGCUUCGCCCAUCAUAGAAGAUGUGGCUCCCAUCGAAGGAGGUCUGAAUAUUUCUUGGAAAUCCGAUGUGACUUCCAAGCAAGAGAAAUAUGUCGUGGUCUUUGUCCGAAAUGACACCGGAAGAUCGGUGAACAUUGAAACCGAGGAGCCCCGAAUCACGUUGGAGAAUCUUCAUCCAGGUGCUGGCUAUGAGAUCAAGGUGUAUGCCUUGAGUCAUGGAUUACUCAGUGAGCCACACAUCUCGUUCACGGCCGUUUUCCCGGAGCCGGUUAGGAACCUCACCAUCAUGGAUGUUGUUGACAACAAGGUCACGUUAUCAUGGCUUCCCCCGCAAGAGUCACUCUACACGGGUUAUAUAGUUAGAUACCGACCGUACGGAGAUUCCAAACCCAAAGCUUGGAGUGAGAUCACUGAUGUGGUGGAUACUGCCUAUGAGCUCUUGGAUCUUCCUCCUGGAGAGCAAUUCGAGAUCGAAGUCAACACCGUUUCGCAUCAUGUUGAAUCCACGAAACCUCAGAAAGUGACACAGACCAUUAACCCACAAAGUGUUCAAGAAGUGGAGCCUAUCCUUGGUGCCGAGAAUAUUACAUUAGAAUGGCCUCGCCCAGAUGGACGGAUCGACAAAUAUUACGUGAAAUGGUAUCCCUUGAGCAAUCCCGAUGAUUUCCGUAUCAAAGAGAUCUCGGGCGAUGCGGAAACGGAAGGCAUUGGUCGCAAAUUGGCGGUCUUAAUUGAAGACCUUCAUCCCGGAGUGGAUUAUAUGUUCGAGAUCAUAACUGAAGCCCACGAUUUAAGGAGUGAUACCGUGCGCACGAGCAUUCGAACGAUGCCCCUUAUUACAUCUGAAAUCACCGUUGUCAAUAAGCAAGAAGUCACGGAUGCCAUUACUCUGAGAUACACUCAAACUCCGUUGACUAGAUCACUUUUUGACACCUACAGGUUUCAAUUGUCCGACCCAGACGUGGAAGUAUUGGAAAUGGCGGCUCAAGAUCCGGAGAGAAAAGUUACCUUCGAAAACCUGACUCCAGGGCGACUUUACAAUAUUUCUGUAUUCAGUGUCUCUGGAGGUGUGGCUUCCAUACCACUAGUGCGCCAAGAUCGCCUUCAUCCGGAGCCUGUUAGUAACAUCGAUGCCUCCAAGAUCAAGGACAAAGAGAUCACCCUGUUUUGGAACCCACCCAAAGGUGAUUUUGAUUCGUUUGAAGUUCAAUAUCUGGACGCUCAAGAUCGGUUGAUUCAAAACUCGACGGACACCAAUUCCAUUACCGUCGGUGAUUUGAGACCGUUCCGGAAUUACACGUUCACCAUCGUCACUCGAUCGGGAACAUCUGCCAACACGCCAAGACGAUCUCGUCCCAUUUCGGCCGUGUUCCAGACCAAGGAGAGUGUGCCAGGAUCUCUUACCUACUUCGAACCUGAGGAGAUUCAGCCCUCUCGAAUCUCGUUCGUCUGGGAAUUGAACACGCUCGAGGCCAACGGAGUCAUCACGGAUUUCAUGAUCCAAUACGGUCCCACACCCAUUGAGGAACAGGAGUUCAUUCCCACCAAAAGCCGGGAAUUCGGGGCCGAUGAGAGACGUGGAACCAUCGAAGGCUUGAUCCCGGGUCAAAGAUACACGUUCCAAGUGCAGGCCCGGACCCAAGUGGGAGCGGGUGAAUGGGUCCAAUGGGAACAAGAGAUGCCCAUUUGGGCCCCACCGGUUCCCAACAAGGAUGUCAAACCAACGGAUGUGAGUCACAACAUGAAUUCGAUCACGAUUCGCUUCCGACGGAACUACUUCUCCGAUGUGAAUGGAAAAGUCAUUGCUUACUCGAUUAUUGUGGCUGAAGAUUAUCGGAAGUCGACUCAGGAUAAACCAAACCUGCCUAAGUGGCAAGAUGUUCAGCAAUUCAGAGUGUGGCCUCCAUACCAGGUUUCCGAUGCGUUUUACCCAUUCAACAACUCGUCGGUGGUCGAUUUUAAGAUUGGCGAGAAGAAUUGCGACAAAGAGACCGGUUAUUGCAAUGGACCUUUGAAGCCAGGCUCACGGUAUCGCGUCAAGAUCCGCGCCUACACCACCCGGGACAAGCAUUCGGAGACGAAUUGGUCGGAUCAAAUCGAGACUGAUCCGGACAACACCACCGUCCUUAUCGGGAUCAUUAUUCCCAUCGUUAUCAUCAUCCUUGUGGUUCUCAUUGUUCUCAUUGCUCGAAGGAUGCGAUAUGGACCGGCCAGCUGUCUGAAGAAGCGCUCGCCGGAUAUGCGGGGUGGGGACAAUAUCUCCAUUCCGGAUUCGGUGAUGGAGACGUCGCGGCCGGUGAAACUCAAGGACUUUGCCGAGCAUUACCGCAUCAUGUCAGCGGACUCGGACUUCAGAUUCUCGGAAGAGUACGAAGAGCUGAAGCACGUGGGUCGCGAGAAACCCACAUCUGCGGCUGAUAUCCCGGUGAAUCGACCCAAGAAUCGGUUUACCAACAUUCUUCCCUACGACCAUUCGCGGGUCAAACUCCAGCCCACUGAUGAUGAAGAAGGUAGCGACUUCAUCAACGCCAACUUUGUGCCCGGUCAUAAUUCACCACGCGAGUUCAUCGUUACACAGGGCCCCUUGCACUCAACCCGGGACGACUUCUGGCGCAUGUGCUGGGAAACCAAUUCCCGUGCCAUUGUCAUGCUAACCCGUUGUGUGGAGAAAGGCCGAGAGAAAUGUGAUCACUACUGGCCUUUCGAUACGCAGCCCGUCUACUAUGGGGACAUUCAGGUCACGAUCCUCAAUGAGUCUCAUUUCCCCGACUGGAACAUCUCGGAAUUCCGCAUGAUGCGUGGCGACACCGUCAGGACCAUCAAACAUUUCCAUUUCACCACGUGGCCAGAUUUUGGCGUCCCGGAGCCACCCCAAACCCUGGUGCGAUUCGUCCGAGCUUACCGAGAGCGGAUUAGUCCGGAAAUGCGACCCGUCGUGGUCCAUUGCUCCGCGGGAGUGGGUCGAUCCGGCACCUUCAUCGCUCUGGAUAGGAUCAUACAACAAAUUUCGUACAGCGACCUGGUGGACAUCUUUGGGAUCGUCUAUGAGAUGCGCAAGGAGCGUGUGUGGAUGGUUCAAACGGAGCAGCAAUACAUAUGCAUUCACCAAUGUCUUCUGGCCGUCCUUGAAGGCAAGGAGAACGAUCCUUCCCUCCACGAAGUCCAUGUGAAUGAGGGCUUUGAGGAUGACGAAGGCAUCGUGGAAUCGGGCAUGUGAUGACGACCCCUCUAUCUAGCUUCACUUCAAAUCCUAGUUUAUCCUCAAAACCAAUAUUGACCCCACGAAUCAUCAGAAAACCGCCCCUAAUGAAUGGGACCAAAAUCAUGACUACUGCAAAUGCGAUCAUAAUUAUGUAUCUCACAUGGCACACGCGACCCAUUUACACACUCUGAUCAUGUCUCCCUAUGUCUUGAUAUAUUUUUCCCCCGAGAACUUGCUUCUCUAAUAAACGAAAGAGACGUCUACAACUACGA